AGCUGUUUUUCACAUCGCUAGCCCAAUUUUGGGGUCCCCAAAAUAAACAAGGCAAGGAAAAUACAACAAGAGCGCUAAUUCAGAAACUGGCGCACUGAAAACCACCCGACUUGGCCUUGCUUGCUCCCGGCAUGUCUUGCUGCGGGAGGCGCAGCGCCUAGAUCGCGCAGCCGCCGCUGGAGCGCCCUGCCCGCCACGCAUUAUGCAAGUUGCAGCAACGGAUCGGAUCCAACUGUACCCGCCCAGCCGCCAGUGGAAGUGGAGGAGCCAGAAGAGGAGUCCCAGCCCAGCGCCCAUGACCGUUGACCCACCCCCUACACAAUCGUUAUGAACCAGAGACAUUCCGAACCAUUUUAUAUAUCGCCACGGCUGUUCGACAACAGGCGGCUCAGGCGGCGCCGCGGUCGGUGGAUGGAACGCCUGCGAGAGCGCCAGCGGAUCUGCUUGGCCCAGAAGCGCACCCAGACCCUGGCUUCCAAGACUGAGCGUUUGUCCCAGCAGCAGCGCUAUGCGGCCGCCACCCUGCCCGCGGACGUGACAAUAGACUUGCUAUCAGAUGAAGACGACGACGCUAGGGAAACGGCGGGACCGUCCACUGCCGCUAGCCACAAUCGCGAUCUGAUUCCAGCCCCCGUCGCCAGGCAACGACGGCCUACAGAGCGUAGAAGACAGGCGAGAACCCCCUCCUACACCGUGAUUGAGAGUAUCCUAAUACCAAGCGACGACGAGCACAACGACCAGGAAGCCAGCAGCAUGGCCAUAGCGCGCCCACAACUUUCCAUGCGCUCGCCACCACCGCUCGCACCGCUCACCCUCUCGGAGAGCAUGGAGGAAGUCACUGUUUCGCUGGUGCCACGCACCUCCACCACUGCCAACUGCCGGACACGAGUACCCGGCCACCUUAAGCCCUGCCGUGCGCCGAAUCCGGCCACCAACGGGGUGGGAAUGUCCGGAGGAGGGGGCGGCAACGAUACAAGAUGCUUUCUGGAGGUGGACGUGGGCGGUGGCAUCUCAGCCACCCUGCCUGACGAGACCACCGUGCAUACGGUCAUCGCCAACCGCAUCUACGAACUCUCGCUUAGCAAGCUACGGGAAGGCCUGGCCUCCAGUGGAGUGCCGGAGUACACGCACGACCUGCUGCCUGAACAGCUGCAGAAACUGUCGCCAGCAUUGCGCGCCAAAGUGGCACCUCUGGUGGCGCCCUCUCCGCCUACGCCCAUCUCCCUAAAACUGUCCAGCGACCUCAGCAUAUCACUGAUCUCAGACGACGACGACUGCGAGAGCAGCGGCCCACAUGCGAGUGGAGGCGGAUUUGGCACCGAGCUGGUGCAUCCUGUUGUGGUGGCAGCGGCGGAGGCCCACGCGGCCGCCAAGCUGCUCAAGCAGCAGCAGCCGCAGCUCUCGGUCGUGCAGCACCUGCAGUACGUUGGAGCGGGACUGGCGGCACCCGUGGCUUUGGCCGUCCCGGUAAUGGGGCACGCGACUUCGUCCGCAUCUGCGGUGGCUGUGCCGCUGCAACUUCCACAACGCCGGAAGCUGCGAUGAGCCAACUAAGGACUGUACUCUGAUCCUGAUGCGCAGUCCGACCCGAACACACUUCGCCAUGAUAUCAUUCCCCGUGCAAAUAUGAACUUAGAUUUAGCGAUAUCCCAUCCGAGUUUCCCAGUUACCCUUACACUGUGCCGAGUGAUUACUCGGCCGUUUUUCCUCCCAUUAUCUUUCCAUAUCACACGCUCUCCAUCUCACUCUGUUUCGUUUCCCUUUUCUCUCCCUGUCUCUGUUUUUCUCAUAUUUUAAGCUUUAAAAGAAACGAGACGACAACGUACAAAAGAAAGUAGAAAAGCAUCAAACCAUAUAUUUGAGAAAAAAAUAACAUUUUUAACAUUAAUAGGGAUUAGACAAUUUGGAAGCGCGAGGUUAAGAUGAACCCAAUAUUUAUACCGUGCAGGUAGUUAGAUUAAGUUAUGCAUUAUGCACAUUUGAUUUAGUGGAUCGUACUUGGGUGAAUCUGAAGUGUGAUUUGUCUCAGCCCGCAAUCUGUAUUACAUUUAACUGAUCACUGAAUCGGAAUAAACAUUUAUUGUAUAUACCUGUA